AUGGUCAGAGGAUCGGACAAAUGGGGCAUCGCGGGGAAUAAUCCUUACUCGCGACGUACUCGCAAACUACUCCGAGAUAACAUUCAGGGAAUCAGUUCUCGUCUCGCGCGCCGCGGAGGUGUCGUGCGCAUGAAAAAGGACAUAUACGACGAGAUAAGGAACGUGAUCAAGGCGCGUCUUACUGAGGUGAUUAGACAAGUCACUCUCAUAAUGGACUCGAGUCAGACUCCCAAAGUUUCUAGGACGGUCGUGACCACGAGAGAUGUCGCCUACGCGUUGAAAAGGAUCGGAAACCCGAUCUACGGUUUCACUAACGUCUGA